AUGUUCAAUGACCUCAUUGAUUGUUUGAAGAGCGAGAAGGAAUUAUGUUUUCUUCUGGUGAAGCUAGAGGUCAUGAAAGAGGGACUUUCUCAAAUCAAGGAUGUAUUGAUUGAUAAAAGUAUAGGGUACAAGGAAGCUCGACAUCAAGAGAGUCUAGUACAGAAGAAGCUCUCCAAGACACUGGGUCAUUCAUCCAAGUGCUUGUUCACACUUCUGUUAUAUUAUCUAUGCGGACAUGUUAGAGAUGUCGAAGUGGAUAUAUGUGGUGGAAUUUAUAGCAUUGGUGAGGACAGGUUUUGCUUGUGCGUGGGAAGGAUUUUGACUACAGUAGAGGAGAAGAUCGUCCAGAGAGGGGUGAGGCAGUUGGACAGAGCUCUUCGGCUUUUCAAGUUUGUAUGGGAAACUGCCGGGAUGAAGGCAGUUUUGGAGCCGCAAGGCCAUUUAUGGUGUGUUGGGGCUGAGGGCAGGAUGCUUACGUAUAGAGAAAAUAUGUACUUUUUACAUGGGAUACAUCCUUGA